CAACGCCCGUAACCAGUGCAGGCGUACUAAAAUUUUAAAGCUGAAACUCGAAUGCUACUCCUGCAAGCGUCUUCUCCAUAUCCAUCCUUACGAUUUCGUCUCCUACAGCAAUCUGCCAACAAACCAAGUCUAGAUCUAUGACUCAACGUGAUAGUGGACACAUGACAUCACUACUACCGGACGGAAUCGGCAUACGGAUGAUGAGAUCUUCAGACAUGCUACAAGUCCGUGCACUCCAUACCAAACUCCUCCCAGUCGCAUACCCCACCGCAUUUUUUGUGCAGCUGCUCAUACAGCCGCAUCGCAUGUGUCUGAUAGCCACACACGACGGCAAAGUCAUAGCUUUUGCCUCUGCUACCAUGGAAACACGGCAUUCAACGCCAGGGCCGCUCGGUUCGAGCGGGGAUCAGACUGGAGGCGCCUUGCGGGUUACCUUGUUGACACUUGGGGUAUCGCCCGAGUUCCGACGACAAGGGAUUGCACGCAGACUGGUACAUGAAAUCGUGCAGCGCCUAAGAUCGUCUUGCGGCGCCUCCUGUCAUGAAUCACCUCCCGCCCCAUCGCUCUCAGAGAGCGAUUCGACUGAUGCGGUGAUUAUAUCCGCAGAAGUUGCGCACAACAAUUCAUCUGGACAAUCUUUUUACUCCCACCUCGGGAUGCAAAGACAACUAGAAGUGGAUAAGCAGAGCGGAUUUGGUUCGAAGGCACACACUUGCAUGGUACUGGGGGUGAUGAGAGCGGUUCCUGUUUCCUGAAGAAUAUUUUUCAGGGGAUAGAUGAUGUUCUCUGCAGAGACAAUAUUCACGAGCGUUAUCAAGGACGCGCUAGCAUAAAUUAGAAACUCGUAGUGAAUUUAUGUUCUCCAUAAUGAUAUCUGAUGACAUUUGUGUCUGCUUCUUGCUUCAACUAGAAGGGCACUAUAAACGACA